AUGUUUAAUCUCGAACUAUUUAGUCCCAAGCCUAGUUCGAAAAAGCGAAAACGAGAUGAGACUGUGGGAGCGGAUGUACCGGAGAUUCCUGUGGUCGAUCCGUUUAAUGAAAUUGGGGACUUUGGGAAUUUACAAAUUCCCGAGCUCCUUUCCUUUCCGACGAUCAAUCCGGAUUUGGCAUCUGCGCAGAAUUUGACUUUCGGCGAGGAUUUUGCUCCUUCUGCAAUCGAAUUGUUAGAAGAGUCUGGUCUUGCCGUUGGGUGCACAACACAGGUGAAUGAUCAACCUGCGGUAAAGAAAAUCCCCGUUACAUCUGGCUCCCUGCGUUCAAUUGAUGUUACGGAAGCAACGCAUGAACUACCGAAGAAGCGUCGAAAGACGGAGGAUGAAACACGGCCCUGCGAAACUGUUUCGCUCACCUUGCCUGAUCUUGAACAAACGAACCAGGAACAAGCACAACAGAACGUUGAGUCGCAUGUGUGUCAAGUUGUCGAACAGGAACUACUUACACCCUUCGAUGUUCCUGUAACCAAGGCAAAUGAACUCGGUGACACAAUACUUGCAAACAUUGUGCACACUACCGCACAAGAAAAUCACGUUAAUCCGGAAGUUGUGACGCAAGUGGCGGUUGCAGGGGCUGAGCCAGUUGCCUUAGAUGUGCCUACUGGAUCCAACUAUGCAGUUCCCUUGGAAGAAGCUCCAUUGCCACCGGAGCCUUAUACCAUUCCAUCGAACCAGUUGAAUGCACCAUGCGCCGCUCCACCAGAGCAUGUGCGCCGAGUUCGUCGAACGGCUGCUCACUCGAAACUUGUGGUGGAUCAGGAAUUGCGCUUGACUGUGAACCAGCUGCGUUGGAAUAUGGAACACAGCGAGGACACCAUGGUACCAUUGGAAUCUCUGUUGGCUGAACCUGCUAGUCGGACGAAAACGCGUUACUUGCUUUCACGUUGUGUUCCCCGGUUGUUAGCCCUGCCGGCGAAUUUGGAGACCGCAUUAAGUAUAAGGUUGUGUGAGCUUUGGUGUCGACAUCGUCGUAUGGGUGAGGAUGCGUGCGGGUUGGAGGCAGACGCCCUCAUUACUAAUGAUAAGGAAAACUUGGCCCAACCUCAGUCGGAUACGCGCAUCACAGAGGAGACGAUGGAGGCCUCGAUUGAAUUGCAAAGGGCCGGUCAAACAACCAUUUCAUUGCCGCACUCGGUUUCGUUGUUGGGCGCCAGUGACAUGGUGAUGGAUCUUACUGUGAAUCAGGCUGCUAAUGUGGCGGAUUCGAAUGUAUCUCUCACUACCCCACUUCCGGACCGCCCGGCAUUGCCCGAAGAACCGAGUGCACGUCAAGAUGGGCUAGUAGAUGCACCCACCGGGACAACGGGCGUAGAACAAACAGGGCCAAAUCUCACGGAAACUAUACCAACUCAGGUCGAUCUGACCGUGCUUGGCCCACUUCCUGAAGAAAAAGAUGAAAAUCUUCUAGUCAGUCGAGAACCUAUAAAUAGUGCAUUCGUCACGGAUGCAGGUGCGGUAAACUAUCUAAAUUCGGACGAGGUAUGGAGAGCGAUAAAAUCCCAUCUUGAUGCCGAGUCCGGUGAUUUGACUCUGGAACAGCUGUGUCCUCGAAACUCCAGUCGCCGUGUGGCGGCACUGACUUUCGCUACAGUUCUUCAAUUGGCUAAAAAACGACGUAUCAAUGUAUCCCAGUCCGAGCCGUACGCACCUAUCCACAUUGCACUGGCAACGUGA